CCAACUCCUUGGCAAAGUUAUUGAAAAUGUUUCCUCUAAAACUAUCGAUUACUCCAACAGUACUGACUAAGGGACUGAAAUCCUGCGGCGGUGUGAUACAUAUGAAAGACUUCUUUAUUUGUAGAGCAUGUUCAACAAUUCAGCAGAAAGUCAUAGAUGUUGAUAAACAUGGUGCAUCUGUUAAUCGAAAGUCCACAGAAGCUUUUCGACAGGUGAUGAGUAAAGUCCCUCAUCCAGUUGUGGUUGUAACGUCUGCUACCAUUAACAAUCAAACAGGAAAAUGGUUCAAGCGGGGUGUAACCUGUAGUUCAUUGACCAGUGUAUCUCUAGAACCACCUGUUGUAUCUUUCACGAUGGCGAAGCCAAGUCGGAUGCAUGAUCUCCUCCAGAAAAGUCACCAGUUUGUUAUCCAUGUGUUAGGAGAGGAUCAGGUGAAAUAUGGUGUUCACUUCUCUCGCUUGGCUGUUGAGGGAAAGGACCAAUUCUCAAAAAUACCUCAUGAGAUAAAUGAUUUGGGUCUUCCCGUUAUCUUGGGUACACCUGCGGUAUUGGACUGUAAAGCUCAUUCUGUACAUAAUGUUGGGGACCAUUAUGUGUGGUAUGGCGAGGUGGUUGCGUGUACAACAAACCCUGUCAUGCAAAACCCACUCCUCUACUUCUCAAGGUCCUACCGAUCUGUUGGUGAUGAGCUGUUUAUAAAGGCUUUUGAGGAUACAACCCUAGCAUUUGAAGAGUGGGACCACCAGGCUCAUUUGCAGAUGGCAUGGAAUUAUAUCAAAGAGUAUGGCAAGGAGAAGGCCACUCCAAUGAUCAAAAAUGGUAUUCAACAGUAUAACCUCAAAAAUAAGGAUAAGAUCACCACAGGUUAUCAUGAGACAGUGACUCAGUUCUACAUCCAUGUCAUCAAUGUUGCUGUCCAGAAGUUCCCCCAAUCUGGUGUAACAUUUGAAGACUUCAUGGAAUCCAACAGCCAUCUUGAAGACAAGCACUACCUUCUCAAGUUCUAUAGUAAACAGAUCAUAUCAUCAGAGGAGGCUAAAAAAAAAUUCAUUCUUCCUGAUUUGCAGCCACUUCCAGAAUAACGUAAUCAACCUUAUAUGGAGGUCACUGUAUGCAGGACUCUUCCACUUGUGCAUCAAUUGUACUGACAAUCUUGAAACCUAUUCCCAGAAAAUACAUUCAUUCUAAUCUAAAUGGGAAAUGUGCCAAGAAUUUUGUUAGUUACAUUACGAAGUUGGACCUAAUAAUCUGUGAUACUGUUUUAUUGGUGUCUCUGUUUUGUGAAUAUGUGUGAACAGAGAAGCCUAAUAGCCUAGUGAUUAACACUGCUCGCUACCACUUCAAUUGUCCAGAGUUCGAUCCCGGUCGACAAAUCACAAUUUGUUUCUUCGGAUGUACCCACAGAGAUUCAUGGAACUCAAAUACUGACUCAUCACAACCAAACCAUGCAAGGGAACCAAACAAUUCAAACAAACUGAGUCUGUUGGAAUGUUGGAUAAGGCUGUGUCUGUGCCAGGGCAGGUAAAACAUCCCACACGGAGGAUAUGAGCAUGCCCUGUAGUUGACAAUCUCGGUUGUUACUGAUUGAUAUGAGAUAUGAUAUGAGGUUAAGGACUGGCAUUUACUAGUUUCAGAAUUUGUUGAGGUAUUUUGAUAUAAUGUUAAGAAUGUUUUAUUUAAAUAAAUAGGAGCUAUGAA